AUGGGCAUCUUCAAGAGACUCUUCGGAGGAUUUGGGACAAAAAAGAAGGUCCGAAUCGUAGUUGUGGGCCUGGACAACAGUGGCAAGACUACUGUCCUCAAUGCCCUGAAGCCUAAGAAGGCAACGUUGGAAACGGUGCCGACUGUUGGCUUCAACACAGAGGAGUUUCAGAAGCAUGGAGUCAAUUUUUCUGCUCUUGAUAUGUCUGGACAGAGCCGAUAUCGGAAUCUAUGGGAGCACUAUUACG